GAGAGAGAGAGAGAGAGAGAGAGAAAGUGACGAAGAAGAGAGUGCGAUGAUGAAGGAGCAAGAGGAGGAGUAUGGAACAUGACGAUGAAGGCGCAGGGUAACUGCGACGACUUCGUCUACUGCUCCUUCUGCUUCGUCGGCUUCUUGUGCUGUUUCUGCUACUGCUGCUGGUUCUGGUUCUUCUGGUUCUUCUUCUUCUUCUUCGCCUGCAACCUGCAGGUGAGUGUCAGAGACAUGACCCGCUCGUCACACAGUUAACAGCUCUCUCACUCUAGCGCUAGAUAGUCUAGUGGUCGUGUUCGUCCCCCUCUCGUGAGCCGGGAUGCAUGGAGGCCUAUAGCCCAUGGGAGGAAUGAUGAUGAUGAGGAUGAUGAUGAGGAUGAUGGCCCUUAUUAGUUUCGGGUGUGCGUGUCGUCAAUUUGCCGGUCAAGACUGUUUCAAAGGCGCUGCUUUGGUGAUGAUGGUGGAGUUCCUCCGGGAGGUCGUUUGAUGGGUGGCUUCCGUUUGAACUUUGUGUGCUUUGAAAGACUGUAGUCUGGGUGUAGUCCCGUGCCAUUGCAAUAGAUUUCGGAGCGGGAAAGGUGGUUUUCUUUUAUGACGAGCCAAAGAGGAGCGUGAGACGGGGCUUACUUUUCUGGUGCGGGGGCGUCAGAGCUUGUCGGUUGGGUGAGUCACCGCCGGCAUCUUCUUCGGCGACCCUCCUCGUGGGCAGGUGGCGGAGGCUUUGAUGAAGCGCUUCCAUUGAAGUAGUUUUUGUGUGCAGAAUUGCGUUUUGGUCAUCGUAGGGGGUGGAGGUGUGUCUUUGAGAGCAGUGGGUGAGCUAGCGAGUGGGUCCCUGGCUUGGGGCAGGGUUGGGUAGAUUUGACUUGUGUCAGAACGCGAAAGAGAGCAGCAGGGGUUUUGAGCGAGGGAGGGUCUGGUUCCUUCCGAGUCGCUAGCCCGCACGCGCGAGCAACACCUUUAUUUGGAGGGUGCUUCGUUGUCCCUGAGCCUGUAGGUGCUACAUCUCAGAAAGUUUAGGCGUGACUUGUUGCUCAAAAGCUGUGAUGCUCUAGCUCGGUCAUACACUUCGGCAUUCGUGCUUGCGAUUCUCCACUCUUUCUCACUGCGUGCCUCUCUUCGUCUGUUGUCAGCCACUAACCAAUCAUCUCUCGCACUCCUUGUCAUCUCCUUCCCGACUCGCAGGAGUAGGGGAAUUCUUUGGGCGUUGUCUUGUAUCGAAGGCUCACUCCCAAAUUGCCUUCUUGCUCUCUCUCGGUGUCAGUCUCUCGAAUAUUUUUGCUUUCGUUUGCCCUUCUCCAUAACCUUUUAUUUAUUUUAUUUUUUAUUUUUUAAAGUAGUCUUCUUGUAGUAUUAGAAGCGACGGACGAAACUGACGGAGCUUUUGGUUCGCCAUUCCGACAAUUAGAUAAGGUCUACAAGACUGUCUCGAUUGUGUAAGGAACAUGUAGGGUUAUCUCCGGGGCAGAAGGGUGGUCCAAUUCUUGAUGGUGGCAAGAGGACAUUGACCCAAGGUGCUGUAUCGCCCCUCUUGUCUUGGUUCGAAGAUCGGCGAUAUGACGUCCGGGACGCGCUUGCCCACCUGGAAGGAACGAGAGAACAACAAGAGGAGAGAGCGCCGCCGGCGCGCCAUUGCAGCUAAGAUCUUCGCCGGCCUGCGUCUCUAUGGAAACUACAAGCUGCCCAAGCACUGCGACAACAAUGAAGUCCUCAAGGCGCUCUGCGUGGAGGCUGGCUGGACUGUGGAAGAAGACGGCACCACUUACCGUAAGGGAUCGAAGCCGCCCGCGCAGCCCAUGGAAGUGUGCACAUCACCUUCUGAGGCGAGCCCCACUAGUUCCUACCCCGGCGCAGCUGAAGGCACUUCUCUGAUUCCGUGGCUUAAGGGGCUAUCUUCAAAUGGUGGCAGUGGCACCGCUACCCCGAGCAGCAGCGCGGGCCUGCCACCCUUGCACGUCAUGCACGGUGGCUCCUCCAGCGCGCCGGUCACGCCACCUCUUUCGUCCCCCACUCACCGCGGUCCUCCGGUCAAGCCCGACUGGGACCACAUCAAGGACGCCGAUCACCAUUCCCACGGAUUCCCCCCAUCCGGCCCUCCCACAUGGAACCAUCACCCUUUCUUAGCUGCCGCUGCGGCUGCAGCUCAAGCUGCCGCUUCCAAUCAGUCCCAUCUCCGGCCUGGCUACUGCGAUACGCCCGACGGUGCUCGUACCCCCAUCGAAGAGGCCGAGUCCGAAAUCUCGCCUGGGACCGCUUUGGAGUUUGCCACCGUCUGUGGCUCGAACUCCAGCAAAUGGGCUAACGGGGUUAGGGUGCGAACUAGCUCAGGGGGGCGGCUUCUCGGGGGAAUGGCAGGCCUUGGUCCAUUUCCUUCGGCUAAUAAUGACUCCCCCUUGGAGACAUUCUCCCAUGCAUGGCGAAAUCCUAUGCAGAAAUCGAUUAGUAUGCCUGUUUCGCCUGUUUCCUCGCGAAUGAAGGGGUCAUUCGGAGAUAGACUUGGUAGGUGUCCGUCAGAGCUGGAGCUCUCCGGCGCUGUUCAGGGGUUAGGGUCGCUGUGGGAGCUGGACGGGGUGGUACCUGAAGUUGGUGCGAAGAGGAAAUUGCCAGCCGACGAUUUAGAGCUGAAGCUGUGAGGCAGAUGCAGGGAUGAGUAGAAGCUUUGAAUCGAGUUCAUUUUAAUUUUGUUGCCUUCGAUUCGUGUCUAAUUUGUGACUAUUGUAGCUGGUUUUGCGGUGCGAGGGUACUGCUCCAUAUUUAUAUGGUGUGGAUUAGCGUUAACUUCGCAAUUUUUUAAACAAUGGUGAAGAAUUGCUGGUGGUCUGGUGCCGAUCGCCACUGAAGUUGUUCAGGUUAAACUUUGGGUCUUCCAAGCGGUGCACUUAAAGGAUGUGGGGUUAGUGAGCGUUGUGGUGAGAGAUACAGAUUGGAUGGCCAACACAUAGAGCUCGUGCUACUCUGUCUGUACAAACAGAAUGAUGUUAAUAGUCAUUUGACGUGAUUUGGAAUUAUAGUACUUGAGUUGAGUGAGGUGACUCAAUUUCAUCUACUUUGCUUCA